AUGGAUCCAGACGCCAGUAUCCCGAUCGAGCCUGCUCCCUCUGUCUACAGCUAUGUGCUGUCCUUUCUCCUUGUCGGAGUCGCAUGGGGCUUCACAACCCCCUUUAUCCGACGCGCCGCGGCAGACUUCAACGCACGACAGGAGAAGCAGGCCAACAACUCCAACCCGUCCGAGCGCGGCAGAUCACGAACACAAGACUCGCCACUGACUGGUUUCACGGAUGCGGGUGAGGAGCAGGAGCUGCUUCCUCAGGGAGAGUUGGAAGGGUACAACGAUGGUGACGAAGAUGGAUUGCGGAGACGCAGCACAAGUCAAAACGGCCAAUCGCGCAAGCCGCAGGACCCUGUCGCAGGUCAGCAGGGCGAUGAAACUCAGGGUUCAAUCCAGGAUACCGAGCCGAGAGGAGAGGCCGACCAUGAUGAUCUGCCCACGCCCGCAUGGCAACGCGAAUCCGGCCCGAAGCAGUCAUGGUUGCGCACUAAGGUUGUCUCGAUUUUCUGGACUGUUGUCAACCUCCUCCGCACUCCGGCUUACGCCAUUCCGUUGGUCAUCAACCUGACUGGCAGUAUUUGGUUCUUCCUUCUUGUUGGAAAGCAUGAGCUCUCUCUCACUGUCCCUCUUGCAAACUCGAGCGCUUUCCUUUUCACUGUGCUUGGAGAGUGGUAUGUUGAGCGCAAGGUGAUUGCGAAGGAGACUUGGUUGGGCAUGGGCUUGGUACUUGGAGGUAUUGCAUUGUGUGUUCAUUCGAAGAAUCAGGCUUCCUGA